AUGGAAUUAGAAGACAUUUAUGAAAAUAUUGAAAAUGAAGAUAUGAAGGACACGUGUGCACCUCAAAUACAGAGUCGCUGCGAGGAUGAAGGAAAAGCUCGAAAGCAAAGAGGAAGUAGAUGUUUGGUGUGGAUCACAGUGGGUCUCGGGCUCAUUUGUGUUCUUCUGCUGGUCUUCAUCAUACUGCAGCACAUCACCAUCACAGCAGAGAGAGACCUGAUAAAGAGUUACAAGAACACAGUUGAAGAGUUCAAUCAAACCAUCAACAGCUUACAGGACAGUUACACUGAUCUGAUGACUGAAAGACACCAACUGCAGAUCAACUUCAGCUCUUUGAGUCAGAAGAACCUGGAGUUAGAGACUGAACUAAGAAAUGUAUCUGGACGAGGAAAUGGCAUGCUUUUCAUGUCCACUGAGUUGAAGAACUGGUCUGACAGCAGACAGUACUGCAGGGAUCGUGGUGCUGAUCUGGUCAUUAUCAACACUGAAGAGAAGCAGAGGUUCAUAUCUUCAUUAGUCAGUGAGAGAGUGUGGAUUGGUUUGUCUGACACAGAGAACGAGGGCAACAUGAAAUGGGUAGAUAAUUCAACACUGAAACAAGGGUGUGGCCUGAGUGAGCUGCUGUUUCAUAAACCCGUUUUAUACUGCUCUUUCAUCGUCCUGUUCAGUCUGUUUCAGGCGACUGUGGAUGUCGCUGUUUGA